CCUCGUGCACACAUAUUGUGGGUGCUCAUCACAUAAACACAUAGAUCGCCCGAACCAAAACUACACAUGAAAAUGAUUCACUAUCAAUUUAUUUUGCUGGCAGCUCUAACCAUCUUCCACAUGUCAGCCAAUUCAGCGGCAUCGCCACUUCCAUCCACCGCGAGAGAGUUUCUGGAAAGUCACAACCAAGCAAGAGCAUCCGUAGGCGUAGAACCGCUGACGUGGAGCGAGCAGUUAGCCAACACCACCAGCAAGCUCGUCCGCUAUCAAAGGGACAGAAUGUCGUGUCAGUUUGCCAACUUAACCGCCGGAAAGUACGGAGCCAAUCAGCUUUGGGCACGUGGCGAGACGGUGACGCCACGCUUGGUGGUAGAUGAGUGGGUGAAGCAAAAGCAGUUUUAUAAUCACAGUGAUAAUUCGUGUGUUCCGAAUCAUAGGUGUGGUGUUUAUACUCAAGUGGUUUGGAAGAAAUCGCUUCAACUUGGGUGUGCUCAAACUUUGUGUGCUAAGGAACAGGCUAGCUUGACCAUUUGUUUCUAUUAUCCACCUGGGAAUUAUGUUGGAGAGUCUCCUUACUAAUUCUUCAUCUAAUGUCACUCUCUUUUAUUGUUCUUUUAAUAUUUAUCUACAAGACACCAACACUAAAUUGUGUUUUUUUUUUUUGUCUUUUUUAUCGAUAAUUCAUCUAAUGUCACUCUCUUUUUAUUUUCUUAAAUUAUUAUCACGUCGACAUUUAUGUCUAUAUAUUUGAGUUGUGAGUUUGUUGUGGUGAGCUAUUGGGAAUCUAGUGUUAAUUGAUGUGAGUGAGAUAGAUCUCUGUAUAUGUAUGUUUUUUUAAUCAUUCAAAACUUCAUUUUAUCUUUUUC